CGCAGGAGCCCGGCGCGGCCCCGGCCCCGGCCCCGGCCCCGCCGCCGCCGCGUUCGCCGCAUGACGCCCAGCGGGCACCCCCCGGGGCCCCGCCGCUCCCCCCAGGCCUGGACAGCGAAUCUGGUUGCAAUGGAGACCGUGUCCCUGGAGCACCAGAUCCAGAGCGUGCACCGGCACAUCGCCUUCCUGAAGAAGGAGCAGAUGGAGCUGCUCCAUGCCCUGCACCUGGAGAUCCUCCGCUUGCAGAAGCACUGCUCAGAGCUCACUCAUGACCUGGAAAUGAAAGAGCUGGAAGCCCGCCAGCAAGAGGUGCUGGACCGGGAGCUGGAGGAGAAGUGCCGCGCGAUGGAGGCGCAGCUGCAGGAGAAGGAGAAGGACAACCUGGAGCUGCGCAAGGAGCUGCAGCACAAGGAGACGCUGGUGGCCGCGCUGCGCUCCAGCCUCCGCAACAAGGAGCGCCGGUUCCUGGAGCAGCUGAAGCGGCGGAGCCACCGCGUCACCAUCCUCGACACGGAGCUGCAGAAGCAGACGGAGGCGGCCGCGUACCUCUCGCUGCAGCUCCACGCCACGGCGCAGCGGCUGCCGGCCCCCCGCGCCCCGCAGCAGCCCCCCGACACCGCCCCGGCCGACGGCAGGCCCCGGCGCCGCGGCCACAGGGCUCAGCCCCGGCGCCCGCCCGGUGACGGUGCCCGGCCCAGGGACCCCGCGCCCGAGGAGCACGACGCCAUGCCCGACCCGGCGCUCUUCCUGUACACGGCGCGGCCGCAGCGCCCGCAGCCCUCCGUGGCCCCCCGCACACAGCGGCCGCCCCGGCCCCCCGCGCAGGAGCCCGCGGCCAGGGCCAGGUCGGGCAAGGGGGAUCCCGGCAAGAGGCAGGAGCCCGGCCCCCGCGGCUCCCCCGGCACCAAGGAGUAGACGCCGAGCGGCCGGCAUGGCCUGAGCCCUGCGGCACCGGGGUGGGCACCGGCCAGCGCUGCGGCCCCCCGUCCCCUCGAGGGGAAGGGGCAGCGGAAGGCGGGUGCCUUGCUCGCACCUCCUGAUGCAGGCAGCCAGGAGGAUCCCCCUUGCACAAAGGGUCUGAGCGCUGCGGGACAGUGGGCAGCAGGCACAGGGGCUGCAGAGGGGACACGGCUGGGCACCUGUGCAGAGCUCCGAGGAAGGAAGGAAGGAAAGGUGGCAUUUCGGCAAUGAGAAGAGCUUCCUGCUGCUGCUGCUGCCCCUCGGAGCAGAUGCCAGGUGUGUUUCCCGGGCCAGGGUGCCAGGAGGUGGACGUGCAGCAGCAAGCAAGGGGCACAAGGUUUGGCACAGCAGGAUGAGCUCGUU